GUAAUGUAACAAUGGCCUCCCACUUCAGUUAAUAACCUUGAAUGUUCAGUACCUAAACCUGCUUGAGUUCUGUACCAAUAUUCCAUGUGUUAACUGUUAACCAUUAACUGUCAAAAUCACAUGCUGUGUAUCUAUAGUCUACAUCUACAGAGUACAAGUAUCCUGCUGUGAAAGUGCAAAAUCAACACCUAAUGACUACUUCUUUCCACACUUUGUAGCUAAUAAAGUGAUUUGCAUUAGUAUAUAACGUACUGUAAGAAGUAAUUUGUUCAUUGAAGAUACAACAAGUCAAAACUAUGUCUGAUCCAACAGUCAGCACAUGGAUAGGUUUCUUUAAAGACGCCGGCAUACCAUCAGGAUUGGAUAUGAAAUAUGCGAUAUUAUUUUGUGACCACAGGAUACAGAAAGAAAUCUUGGGGGAUUUGAAUCGUGAAUAUUUGUUAGAAAUGGGAAUAAAAGCAAUGGGAGAUGUUAUUGCAAUAUUGAAGCAAGCUAAACUUGUAUCAGAUGAGGUAACAAGGGAAAAGACCACUAAUCUUAUCAGACCAACCAAUGGCCAUCGAUCAAACCACAUGGACACUUCAACAGUUGCUGCUAAAAUUGACUCAGUUGUGCACAGUGCCGACACAUCAAAAUCAGUGUUCCAGCGUCUUGGAGAAGAUGCUCCAACUCCGGAAGAUUCAGCUGGAGUAUUUCGUCGAUUGGGAGAGCCUGUUGUCUCAACAACUGAUGAUACCACUGAAGAAAAAUUAAGAUCAAUCAAGAAAACGGUAAAUGAUACACAGAAAUUAAAAACUGGGAAGAGAAAAAGUGUCUUAGAUAGACUUGGGCCACCUUCUGAUGAAGCACCAGUGAAGAAAAUGGUGAAAACAGCUGGGAAAAAUCAACCUAAUAUUGUCGUCACUUCGUCAAAUUCUGUGAAAAAGAAAGUUAGAGUGCAACGAGUCAGUGAUGUUACUUCAAGUGAAGAUUCCGUACGGAUGAAACCUAAAACUGUUGUGCGAAUGAAGCCACUGCCGAAAUCUGUGAGCACAAUGAAGCAGAAAGUUAUCAUGAAAAGAGUUACUAAUCAACCAGCCAUAAAAAGGAAAUCUAACGUGAUGGACAGACUUGGUGGUAAAGUAAGCAGCACAAUGGUUAAACCAGGUGUCAAGUCACUUACAAAGUCCAACCUUCGUAUGAGAAUGGACAGAAUGGAGAGAAGCAAAGUCGCAACAAAGAGCAUGAAACAGUUGCCCCGACUAAGAUCUGACAUGAUGAGAAUUAAACAACCCACAAGGUUUUCAAAACCCAUCUCAAGUAACACUGUAUCAAGCACUACUUCUGCGGGAAUCUUUCGUGGUAAAGGUGCAGUAUCGCACAGUGUAUUUGACAGGUUGGGAAAAUGAAAUAAUCAACAAUUUUAAAUUUGCACAUAUGCUUGCAUAUCAGUUGCUAUUGAUUUUAAUAGUCCCCGACUGCCUGUUGACGUCAUCUUUGCGCUGCUCUUGUCGUGCUUGUCAUAUGUGUAUAUCUCGUAGCAACAUAGAUGUACAUAUGCAGGUUAAAUAAAUUAUUUUACACGUUGGA